AUGACGAGCUUCGUGGUGGACUUUCUUGGCUCCUACGGUAGUACGCCUCAAUUGUCAUGGGCAACCGUGGCUGUUGUGACCAUAUUUGGGACGUACAUAUUCGACAUUGGCUCGAAAUUAUACCGUGACCAUAGGCUUCGAAAAAUCGGCUCACCUGCAAAACUCGUUCCCUUUAUCGCUCCUCUCGGUCUCGAUGUCGCAAUCUACUCCUUGUACCGAUUCUUCACCAAUACCUACUUCGAACUCGUUUCAAAAUGGUUAGAUGCAUCGCCCGGCCGCACUGUUGAGAUGCGCAUGUUUGCGCAGGGCCUUAUUUUUACGGACGAGCCCGAAAAUAUCAAGGCCAUCAUGUCCACGCAAUGGUCUAGCUUCGGCAAGGGGGAGGUCACCAGGCGCAUUUGGGCCAACAUGAUCGGCCAAAGACAGAUUUUUGCCAUUGACGGCGAACAUUGGCACAAAGCGAAAGCGCUCCUCCGUCCCCAUAUCGGCCACGCUCGUCCUGAUGACCUUAUCAAGACGGAACGCCAUGUGCAGAGAUUGUUUGAGCGUUUCUCCCGUGGGGAGGUCCUCGAAGUGUAUGAUUGGAUUGACCGAUUUCAACUUGAUGUGACGACCGACAUUUUCUUUGGCGAGUCAGCCGAUUCCAUUGUUUCCGAACCUCCUUUCCGUGCGGCAAUGGAUGUGCUGCUUCCCAUAAACACGGCUCGCAUGUUAUUCGGGACGAAGGCCUUUUACGCACCAGAUACCCUGCUUGCGCCCCAGGCUCUGAAGGUGCUCAAGGCUUACACCGACUCGCUUACCGACCGAGCCUAUGCAAGAGAUUUAUCCCAGAAAAGGCCCUCAGAGUAUAAUCUACUCGAUGACUUGGAUAUCAAAGAAGCACUCAUGUCGGUCAUGCUGGGCGGCAAGGAUCCCUCCUCGAUUCUAAUCACUUGGGCAAUCUUCUUACUGGGGAAACACCCGGAUGUUAUGACAAAGACGCAAGCCCAAGUCCACAAGGUGUGUGGAACACGGCCACCUACGGCUUCUGAACUCAAAGAAAUGACAUACUUGAGACACGUCAUCAACGAAACCUUCCGAUUGCAUCAUCCGUUGGGCAUGAACAUGCGAAUGGCUCUAGAUGACGUUUCGUUACCCACCGGAGGUGGUAAAAGCGGCAAAGAGUCUCUGGCCGUUGUCAAAGGCUCGAGCAUCAUCUAUUCGCUGAUGGGUAUGCAGCGGCGCAAGGAUAUAUUUGGCGACGACGCAGAGGGUUUCCGUCCCGAGCGUUGGGAAGAAACAGAUAUUCAACGCUGGCACUUUGUCCCCUACAACCACGGACCGCGCAUGUGCAUGGGCCGCAACUUUGGUCAGCAACAAAUGGAGUACGUCUUGGCCCGAAUUUGCCAAGAGUUCAUGGAGAUUCGCGUUCCGGACGGCCAGCGCGAGCAACAGGUCAAGAUUGAAUUAAACUGCAAGAUGGCACACCCCUGUAUGUGCGAGUUUGCCAAACUCGCUGUUCACGAUGGGCAUUUUGGUGCGCAAUGGUCGGACCAUGUCGGCAUGGGAUAG